AUGCAAACGAUGCUGGUGUUGGCGGCGGCGCUUUUCGCCUUGUCUUCGGCUUACUCGACGACGAUGUCGAUGAGCAACAUGCAGAACGGAAAUUGCCGUAUUAUGAAUGGUAUGUUGUACGAUGGAUCAUCGACUCGACAACUCACAUCGUCAGAGACACAGCAAGUUCAGAACUACAUGAAUAUGAUGGGCGGCAGCCAGAGUGGCUACAACUCUGGCUAUGGCAGCACUGGAUACAACACUGGAUACGGCAGCUCAGGCUAUGGAAGCUCUGGAUCGAAUAUGGGAUACGGUAGCAGCAGCAUGUAUGGAACGGGAUACGGUACCGGAUCCGGAUACAACAGCAAUCAAUAUAACCCAAGCGGGUACACUGGAUCGACGGCGAACGGUUACAACACGAACGGCUACUACAAUCCGAGCAGCAGCAGCAGUGGCAUGGGCUACAACAGCAACGGAAUGAUGUACAGCAACACCUAUGGAAACAAUAUGGGUUCCUCAAUGGCCAAUAUGCCUUGCUUGUGUCGACAAGCCACCUGUGCCAGCAAC